AUGACUCGAGCACGCCAUCUAGUGGCCAUCGCUUCGGUUUUGAACAUUUCAUUUUUUUUUUCUUUUCUUUUUCCAUUUGCUUUCUUAAUUUUCUCAGUUUCUCGAAUCAAAAACACUUCAAUUUUUUUUUUGUUUUCUCUCGCCCGAUUUCAAUCGUUGAUUAAAUCAAAGAUAAUCAAAUCAAAUAUGAUGAAUGGUAAUAAUCCAAUUGUAAAUGAUGUUGAAGAUAUUAAAACGGUUACAUAUUUUCAAAAUCAACCAAUUCAACAACAAUGGUUUAUGAUUGUUAGUCAUGAUAAGAUACCGAUGUUCAAUGCACCUGAACAACGUUAUCGACGACAAGCUGAAUUAAAGUCGAUUGCAAAAUCCGUACAAAUGGAUCCUGAUCGUCGUAAAUUAAUGAUGAAAAUAACCAAUAAUGAUAAUGAUGAACAACAUUCAUUGGAAUUGAAAUUUUAUUUACCAAAUGAUUAUCGUUUUGAAUAUUCUAUUGAUUGUCGUCGUAUUGAUCUGUUUCGUCGUUCGAAAAAAGAUCGUACAUAUUUUUAUUUUACAUUAGAAUGUAAUAUUGGAACAAACAACAACAUUGAUGAUGAUGGUGGUAAAGAUUCAAACAAACCAACUCAAGAAAUUAAUUCAUCCAAUCAGCAACAACAACGAAAAUUUCAAUAUGAAUGUCAUAUGUAUCAUGCUAUUAGUAUAUCGAAUGCUGAAUUUAUUGCCGAUCUAAUGGAUAAGCAAGUGCAAUUGAAUUUAAAAAAUCAGAAAAAAUUUCUUCAAUCUUCAUCAUCGACAAAUGUGGAAAAUAAACAAAAACAAACAAAACAAUCGUCAAAACAAUCGAAUGAUGAUGAUAAAAAUGGUAAAAAUGUUGUUAAAUCGGAACUGGUAUCGAAAAAGAUUUUACCCGAAAUUGAAAACGUUCGUACUGCACAUCCAUUGGAUCGUUCAUUAGAUGAUGAUGUUAUAAUGGCCAUAAAUCAUGUACCAUCAUUAUUGGAUUUGGGAUUAUCAUCGAAAACGACUUCGACAAUGACAAUGGAAACAAAAAAUAAUCACCUGAAUAAUAAUCAAUUUGAUUUGGAUUUUAUCGAUAUUACCACUGUUAAUGAAAUGAAUAAAUCAUCACAAGCAACAAAUAUUCAUAAUCCAUUUUUAUCGGUAUUGAAUCCAUCACCAAUGACAACAUCAUUAUCAUCAGAUUGGAAUAUUAUUCGAAAUGAACAGCAAGAAUCAUCUUCUUCGUCGUCGUCGUCAUCGUCGACAUUGUCAUCAUCCUCGUCGACAUCAUUGAUAUCAACAAUAAUAUCAAAAUUGUCAAUGACAAAUUCAAAUUCAACAAUCAAUCUGCCACAAUUAUUAUCGAAUAAUAAUUCAAAACAAAUGGAAAAAUCAACAACAACAAAUCCAUUGGAUUAUUUACGUUUUGAUGAUGAUUUUGAUACAUUUAUAUCGAAAAAAAUAUCCAAUGAAUUAAUGCAAAAACAAAAUCAUCAUCAAUAACAUCACAUAAACAAAUUCAACAACAACAACAUUCGUCAAUUUUCGAUCAAUCCAACCAAAUGUUGUAUCCUAAUUUAUCUAAUCUAAUCUGUU